AUGGUCAAAGAAGUACUGCGGCGUCUCAGAGAGAACCAACUCUAUGCUAAGUUCUCCAAGUUCACCUGCAGAUAUAAUUGUAAUGAAACAUUCAGUGAAAAGAUAACUGGCUGCAGGUGUGAUGAGAAAUGCACAGAACAUCAAGCCUGCUGCUUGGAUUAUGAAGCUACCUGUAUUGAGCCAACUCAGAGCUGGUCUUGCACUAAAUCACGCUGUGGUGAGACACGAAUGGCCAGAAGCUUCUGCUCUUGUUCUGAGGAUUGCUUGGAGAAGAAGGAUUGCUGCACAAACUACAAAAGUGCUUGCAAAGGAGAAACCCCCUGGGUGAAAGAUUCAUGUGCCUCAUUUAAAAGCCCUCAGUGCCCAACAGGUUUUGAUCUGCCACCACUUAUUCUUUUUUCAAUGGAUGGGUUCAGGGCAGAAUACUUGGAAACAUGGAGUGCUUUAAUUCCAAAUAUUGAAAAACUCAAACAAUGUGGGACACAUUCAAAGUACAUGAGAGCUGUUUAUCCAACCAAAACCUUCCCCAACCACUAUACAAUAGUUACUGGAUUGUACCCAGAAUCCCAUGGCAUCAUUGACAACAAUAUGUAUGAUGUUAAUUUAAAUCAGAACUUCUCACUUUCUGGGACAUCCAAGUCAAAUCCUGCCUGGUGGAGUGGACAGCCUAUUUGGCUUACAGCCAUGUACCAAGGUUUGAAAGCUGGCACCUUUUUUUGGCCUGGAUCUGAUGUAAAAAUCAAUGGAUCAUUCCCUAAUCGAUAUGUAUUGUACAAGAAAGCAAUUACGUAUGGGUCAAGAAUAACACAACUGCUGGAAUGGCUUGAUCUUCCCAAAGCUGACAGGCCAGAUUUCUAUACAUUGUAUAUUGAGGAACCUGACACAUCGGGACACUCAUUUGGACCAGUUAGUGCUGGAGUAAUUAAAGCCUUACAAUUAGCAGAUCAAGCUUUGGGGAUGUUAAUGGAAGGCCUAAAACAAAGAAAUCUGCACAACUGUGUCAAUCUAAUUGUUCUGGCUGAUCACGGAAUGGACAAGACUUUCUGCAACAAAAUGGAAUACAUGACAGACUAUUUUGAUAAAAUUGAUUUUUUUAUGUAUGAAGGGCCAGCACCACGUAUACGAUCAAAGAAUAUUCCAAAGGACUUCUACACAUUUGAUUCUGAAGGAAUUGUUAAAAACCUCACAUGUAAAAAAACAGAUCAGCACUUCAAGGCCUAUUUGACUCCAAACUUACCGAAAAGGUUUCAUUAUGUCAACAACAUCCGCAUUGAUAAAGUUCAUCUUAUGGUGGAUCGGCAGUGGUUGGCUGUGAGGACUAAAGAUUAUAGAUUUUGUGAUGGUGGUAACCAUGGCUAUGACAAUGAAUUCAAAAGUAUGGAGGCCAUCUUUGUUGCGCAUGGGCCAGGAUUUAAAGAAAAAACUGAGGUGCAGCCUUUUGAAAAUAUUGAGGUUUACAACUUAAUGUGUGAUCUUCUUAAAAUUAACCCAGCACCAAACAACGGAACACAUGGCAGCUUAAACCACCUUCUGAAGUCCCCUUUCUACCACCCCUCUCCAGCAACAGAGCAGUCAUCUCCUGACACCUGCUUCUUCAACUCCUUGUCACCUUCAAAUACCUCAGGAUGUGUCUGUGACUCAAUAACAGAUUUGGAAACAGUGAAUAAAAGAUUAAAUCUCAGCAAUGAAGCAAAACAACAGACCGAGGCUUAUAAUUUGCCUUAUGGUAGACCCUAUGUUCUACAAAAUCACAGUACCUAUUGCCUCCUUCACCAUAAUAAAUAUAUAAGUGGAUACAGCCGCAACAUCUGGAUGCCACUAUGGAGUUCAUAUACUGUCAACAGAUCACUGGAAGAUCCUCUUCCUUCCACAGCUACAGAUUGUCUGCGGCCAGAUGUUAGAAUCCCUGCUGCUCAGAGCCAAAACUGCUCAAACUACCAGCCAGACCGGAACAUCACCCACGGUUUCCUCUAUCCUUCUAACCUGAAUUCAACUGAUGUUGAACAAUAUGAUGCUUUACUUACAAGCAAUAUUGUCCCUAUGUAUGGAGAAUUCAAAAGAAUAUGGAAUUACUUCCAUGAAAGACUACUUCCAAAAUAUGCUAAAGAGAGGAAUGGACUGAAUGUGAUCAGUGGGCCUAUUUUUGAUUAUGAUUACAAUGGUCACUUUGAUUCUCUUGACAAAAUUAAACAGUAUGGAAACAACACACAGAUUCCCAUUCCGACCCAUUACUUUGUUGUGCUGACUAGCUGUAUGAAUCAAUCGAACACUCCACUGAACUGCUCUGGCUCACUGGAUGUCCUCUCUUUUGUUCUUCCUCAUCGUCCAGACAACAGUGAAAGCUGUGCUAUGAAUGGCCUUCCAGAGAUCCUAUGGGUUGAAAAAAGAAUGCAGGCUCACGUAGCACGUGUCCGUGAUGUGGAGCUUCUGACAGGUCUGGAUUUCUAUCCCGGGAGCAAACAGUCACUUCCGGAUAUUCUGCAACUAAAAACGUUUCUGCCAACAUUUGAAACUCUUAUUUACUGAGUAUAUAUCACUUGAAAAUAAA